GUUUUCAAAUAUUAGUUCGUUUCAUGUUCAAUAACAACAGGAAACACAAUCCUCACAUAUUUUGGUCAUAAAAAUACGAUAUUUGGCUCUCUUAACAAUUCAUGUCCUAAUGGCAAGGAGGUCGACUGGAAUAAUGGCAAGUUGUCAGAGUCGUAUUUAAUGUACUGUUACAAGACCUGAUGAAAAGGCGGUUAGACAUCAGGUUGGUUUUCAACAGUUGUGAUAGCUGGGAUUUUACAGAAGCCCAACGCCAUCCUGAUAAUCAACAAUGGAGAUUCACAACGUUAUGCUUCUCUUUAUGGCAGCUGGCUUGACAACAACCACAGCCAGCACAAUGCCAUUUAAAGAUCAGUGCCUGUACUGGCACAACUAUUUCCGCGCACUUCAUCAGGUUCCCCCUGUUACGUGGUCAACGGAUCUUCAAAAGGAAGCGGAAGACUGGGUAAAGUAUCUUGCAGAAAACAACAAAUUUCACCACAGUAAAAAGAAUCCUGGGAACUUGUACUUGUCAGCAAACAAACCUAAGGAGUAUUGUACUGAUGCUAUUCAGUGGUUCCAUUCGGAGGAGAAGUUUUAUGAUUACAGCAAUCCCAAAUACUACAAAGCAGCUGGACAUUUUACGCAGGUGAUAUGGAAAAACUCAAGAGAAAUUGGAGCUGCUUGGGCUAUUCGAAAAGACAAGAGGCUUGUUAUAUCAAUCAAGUACAGAACAGGAGGUAAUGUCAUUGGCUAUUUUGGUAAAAAUGUGUUUCCUCCAACCGCUGCUCUCCAGGGAAAGGAAUGGACGCGGCUUCCGAAGUUUACUAGGUGUCCGAGUUUGAUGCCCACAACUCCGCCAGACGCAGUGAUCGCGGCAUCAGAAAGGACCAUGUCAAAUAUUGUUAACUUUACUGGUUCUCUUGUCCUUGCAGUGUUAAUUUCGAUCGAAUUAACUUGCGGUGACAUCUCGCUCAAUAUUAUUCCUGACGCAGCUGCGGCAUUCAUUCGGACGUUUCAGUCGUCGUUCAGUCAUACAAACAAGAAACCGAUGAAGAUAUUACAGGUCAUAAGUGUGGUGAUUCCGUUUACAGGCCUCUUGACUUUAUGUUCAGAAGCGAUGACAUUUAAAGAGCAGUGUAUUUAUUGGCACAACUAUUUUCGGACACUUCAUCAGGUUCAGAAUGUCACGUGGUCGAUGAGUCUGCAAAAAGAAGCGGAAGACUGGGUGAAGUAUCUUGCAGAAAACAACAAAUUUCACCACAGUAGAAAGAAUCCUGGGAACUUGUACUUGUCAGCAUACAAACCUAAGGAGUAUUGUACUGAUGCUAUUCAGUGGUUCCACUGGGAAGAGAAGUUUUAUAAUUAUAGCAAUCCCAAAUUCUACAAGGCAGCUGGACAUUUUACACAGCUAAUUUGGAUGAACUCAAAGGAAAUCGGAGCUGCUUGGGCCAUUCGAAAAGACAAAAGACUUGUUAUAUCGAUCAAGUACAGAACAGGCGGUAAUUUCAUCGGCUACUUUCGUAAAAAUGUCAAACCACCAACAGCAGCUAUUCUACCUAACUGGCCGCAUACUCCUCCUAAAUUUACCAGAUGUCCGAUUGGAACUACACCGGAACCUACCCCCCAACCGACUACCACAGCCACUCCUGCCAAGCCUUAUACAGGAGCAUUUAGAGAUCAGUGCCUUUACUGGCACAAUUACUUCCGGGCACUUCAUGAGGUUCCUUUCGUCACUUGGUCGUUAAGCCUUGAAAAAGAGGCUAAGGACUGGGUUAAGUAUCUAGCAGAUAACAACAAGCUUGAGUUCAAGAAUAAUUCUGGCAACUUGUAUUUGUCCACGGAAGAACCGAGAGAGUACUGUAGUCAAGCCAUAUGGUGGUUCCAUAGCCAAGAGAGGUAUUAUGAUUACAUUAAUCCUCGUUACGUCAAAGCAGCACGAAACUUUACUCAGCUUAUUUGGAAAAGCACGAAACAAAUCGGCGCUGCCUGGGCGAUCCGCAAGGACGGAAAGCUUAUUGUGGCUAUCAUGUACGACUUGGACGGCGGGAACGAGAAGGGUAAUUUUGAAGAGAAUGUUUUCCCUCCCAUUGCGGAAACUUUGGGGCCAGCUUGGUUGAGGGCCCCUCCUAAAUUUUCGAGGUGUCCAAGAGGAAACAUUGUGACUCGUCCCACUAAUGAGUCAGUUAUCUCAACAAGACCACAAGUGAGAGCAGCGGCGAGAAGAUCUUGCAUUAGCUUGGACCUCUUCAUUGCAUUUGUCAUAGUUGCGACCUAUUUUUGAUAAACGGAAACAAAUUCAGCGGAAUAUCUAAAAAGGUUUCCCUUUUGCCCACUACUGAAGACUUCAGUGCCUACAAAUACGAAUCGAAUUUUAUCUUAAAAACUGACGGUUCUCCAAGUUUUGUGGUGGAGUUGUUUGUUUUCGAAGGAGAGCAGAAGCAGAGCCAAUCUGCAGAUUCCUGACUCGGAAAUAUUGAGCUUCCAUUGUAAAUAUUAGUUAGUUGCCGGUGAAUAUUUCGGCUAUUUAUUGAAAAUGACACUGAAUGUGAGGUGUACGAAUGCGAUUUUUAAUACUGGUAAUGAUUGGCCUCGGUACAUGCAUGUCCCAUUUUCCCCUAUGGUAAAUUAUUAAUGUAAAGUGAUAAUUACAAUUGUAUAAUUAUAACUAUUAAAGUCGAUAUGCGUUGCACCACAAGAGAUACGAUAAAAAGACUGAUUUGCUAGCUCGAGUAAGGUAUCCUAGCGAAAUACUCUUGUGUGAAUAACUACCAAAAUUUGUCGGUAAGGGGAGGGGGGGGAAGGGGAGUUGUGGGAUCCAUUCUUCCGUGAAAGGACUUUCAAGUAAACUCACAACAAGAGCACAAUUAUUGCAAAAUCACAAUUCUGGAAUAGGAAGGACCAGUGAUUAACCUUUUAACUUCUAUGAUCUGACUAUUAAUUUUCCCUGUAGCUGCUCCACAUUUCCUUUUAAAUUAAUUACGAGAAUUUAGUGUUGAUCAAGAUAACAACUACUACCUGAUAAGUUUUGAGUACUCUCAUUACCUUAAUACUGGAUUAUGUGAGGAGAUUAUAGGGAGAAGUUACAUGUUAAUCACUUCUGGAAGGGUUGACGUAGCAAAAAGUGUUUUAAAGAGAAAGCACUUGUGCGUUUUCUUUUCAGUAUGACGUGGACAAAUACAAAUAAAAGUGUAACGACCGUCAAGUGAUGGGAAUAUUCUAUCAAACAGUAAUUACAGUGAUUUUCUUAACAAGUAAGAUGAUAAAGAACACUUAGGAUGACUUAAACCUACUUUGUAAAUUAUGAUGAAAUAUCAAGCAAUAAAAUUUAUACUAAUUAAAAAUAUUUGUUCCAAAUUAA